AUGAGUUUCCCAUUACAUCACAAUCCGCCCUUCCGCUCUGAGCAUGUCGGCUCGUUCCUAAGACCAGAUUACCUAUUGGAAGUCCGACACGCCUGGAACGACAAGAAAGCUUCAGAUGCGCAAUUGCGCGAAGCAGAAGACAGAGCUGUGAAUGAGAUUGUGAAGUUGCAGCAAGACUGUGGUUUCCGUGCUAUUAAUGAUGGGGAGUAUCGCCGACACAUGUUCUGGGGAACGUUUUGGGAGAAUCUGGAGGGUAUGACGAAUGUUGUUGGACCGGAUGUGGAGAUCUUCAGACCUUAUGUUCCUGAUGUUGGGGCUUUUCUCGAGAAAAACUACAAACCCGGUGAAACUGUCGUCUGUACAGGAAAGAUCAAGCACACAUCUGUAGCGUCGAAGGACCAUAUCGACCAAAUCAGAUACCUUCAAAGCAUCCUGCCAAAAGAGAAACAUGGAGAUAUUAAACUCACCAUCCCUGCCCCGACUUGGUAUCACUUGCGAUACAGGGAGGGUUCUGCGUACCCAAAGGACGUCUACGGAAAUGACGACGAGUAUUUCGCGGAUGUUGUCGCAGCAUAUCAGAUGGAGCUACAGGUUUUGUAUGACCAUGGUUUGCGAAAUGUGCAGAUUGAUGAUCCGAAUAUGUGCUAUUUCUGCAACGAAAAGAUGAUCGAAAACUUCAACAACGACCAGCGCAACAAUUGCACUGCCGAUGAGCUCUUCACCAAGUACAUCGACGUCUACAACAAUAUCAUGGCUAAAUGUCCCCAAGGAAUGCACAUCGGCCUGCAUCUCUGCCGCGGAAACUUUGUCAAAUCACGACACUUCACCGAAGGACCCUACGACCGCAUUGCAAAAGAGCUACUACAGAAAGUAAACGUUCACACAUUCUAUCUGGAAUUCGAUACGGAACGUGCUGGAGGUUUUGAGCCUCUACAGUACCUACCAGACAACAAGAAUGUCGUCCUGGGAGUUGUCAGCAGUAAGUACCCGGAACUGGAGGAUUUCGAUGCGACGGUGGCUAGGAUAUAUGACGCUGCGGGUUAUAUUUCGAAGGGGAGUGGGAGGAGUGAGAAGGAAGCCCUGGAGCAGAUUUGUGUUAGUCCGCAGUGUGGAUUUGCGAGUCAUAGUAGUGGGAAUGCUGUUGGGGUGGAUGAUAUGGUGGCUAAGAUGAGCCUUAUUCGGCGCAUUGCUGAUAGGAUUUGGCCUGGGGAGGCUUGA